AUGGGAAUCAAAGAAAACCUACGAGAAUCAACGAGGCUGGUGCAGAGCGUGCACCGCCCAAGAAUCAGUGAACUGCGAAGAUAUGGAGAAGGAAUAGAAGACCACGGAAACUAUAUCUUACACUACAAAGGUGAAACGCCAGGCCUUUAUGGAGUAGGGUUCCUAAUAAAAAAGAGGCUAUCCGACAAAAUAGAAGAAAUCAAAGGAAUCUCUGAGAGAAUAACUGUGAUGAACAUAGUGCUUUCUGAUAAAAUAUCAGAUAAAUGGACUAUUAUACAAGCAUACUCACCAACUGAAUCAGAAAAGAAAGACGACAUAGCAAAAAUAGAAAAGUUCUAUGGUGACUUGCAAACAACUAUCGACAAUUCAUACAGAAACAUUAUCGUUAUGGGCGAUUUCAAUGGGAAGCUGCUACAUGAACGGAAGAUACUGCUACAAGGAACACAGGAUAAAGAUAGCCGUGCAAAAAUAGCAGAAAUUAGUAAGAGGAUAAAUGAAAAGAUCAGGAAAGACAAGAAAACAAAAAGACAAAACACCUUAAAAAAACACAUUCAGAGAACCGGCGGAAUAAAGAAGGCAAUAAAGGAAUUAAAAAUUAAAAAGGACUGGAUGCCACGCGUAAUAACUAAAAGUGGACACGUAACAAAUUUCAACAAAGCUUUCGAUUCCUUAGAACAUGAAUAUAUAUGGAGAGCUUUACACAGUCAGGGAAUAGAAGAAAAAUAUAUAAGUAUUCUCAAAAAGGUAUACUCCCGGAGUACCGCACAAAUGAGAUUCGAAAGAACUGGUGAGGAAUUCCCAAUUGAACGAGGCGUUAGACAAGGAGAUCCCAUAUCACCUAAGCUAUUUUCAGCAGUUCUGGAGAUGAUAUUCAGGGAUCUCGAAUGGAAUGCAAAUAAUGGACUCAAUAUAAAUGGGGAAAAUUUAAACCACCUUCGCUUUGCUGACGACCUGAUUCUAUUUUCAGAGUGCCCGAAAAGAUUAGAGGAAAUGCUACAGCAAUUAUCAGAUCAAAAUGCCAAAGCCGGGCUCUCAAUAAAUCCCACAAAAACGAAGCUUAUGACAAAUUCUUCAAAGGCAUACAACGUAAAAUUAAACUCUAAACACAUAGAAUACGUUGACGAGUAUGUCUACUUAGGACAGUUGAUCUCUACCACUGACAACAUGCAAAAGGAAAUUGAUAGAAGAAUUGCCAACACAUGGAAGAGGUAUUGGUCCCUUAGUGAAGUUAUGAAGGACAAAGAGAUGUCCAUAAAAGAUAAAAGAAAAAUCUUUAACUCGUGCAUCCUACCCUGUUUGACGUACGGUUGCCAGACAUGGGCGUUAACCGAAAAAUUAACAAAUAAAAUACAGGUAUGUCAGAACAGCAUAGAAAGAAGUGUCAUUGGUGUCAAGAGAAGAGACAAAGUAAGAUUAUCGGAAAUAAAAAGACUUACUAAAUUUAAAAACGCUAUCCAAAUAAGUAGAACGCUGAAGUGGAGAUGGACAGGACAUAUCUUAAGAGAGAAAUACGAGAAAUGGACCAAAAUAAUUACAGAGUGGUACCCACGGGAUGGCUGUAGAAAAAAAAGGAAGACAGCCAAAACGUUGGGAAGAUGAAAUAAGGAAUGUCGCCGGCCCGCAUU